AUGUCUGUACCUUACGAACAAGUUUCAGUUGCACCAUUGGUGUUACUUUCCGUAUUAGACCAUCAUCAGCGUACAAAUACUCCGGAGAACAAGAGAUGUUUAGGUGUCAUUCUAGGUGAUAGUUCCACGGCAACCGUGAGGAUAACUAAUUCGUUUGCGUUGCCGUUCGAAGAAGACGAGAAGAAUCCAGACGUUUGGUUCCUAGAUCACAACUACAUCGAGACCAUGAACGAGAUGUGUAAAAAGAUCAAUGCGAAAGAGAAGCUAAUUGGUUGGUAUCACAGUGGUGGGAAAUUAAGGGCUUCUGAUUUAAAGAUUAACGAGUUGUUCAAGAAGUACAGUACCAACAAUAAUCCCGUGUUGUUGAUACUCGAUGUGAAACAAGAGGAUAUCGGACUACCAACGAACGCAUAUGUGGCUGUGGAACAGAUCAAGGAUGAUGGUACUUCGACUGAGCGGACCUUUAUACAUAUCCCAAGCACUGUGGAAGCAGACGAGGCGGAAGAAAUUGGUGUUGAACAUCUACUCAAAGAUGUCCGUGAUCAAGCUGCAGCUGGUUUAUCUAUAAAGCUAACUAAUCAAUUAAAUUCUCUUAGGGGCUUGCAAAGAAAAUUGAAAGACAUAGUAGCAUACUUGGAAAAAGUGGCAAACAACGAGUUACCUGUGAACCACAUAAUUUUAGGAAAAUUGCAAGACAUUUUCAAUCUUCUUCCAAACCUCGGAACCCCAGAUAAAGAUGAAAUGAUCGGCUCAAGUCAUGUCUUAGACAAUGUUACCAACAAUUUGGAAAAAGCCCUCACAGUUAAAACCAAUGACGAACUAAUGAUCAUUUACAUAAGUAAUCUGGUCAGAGCCAUAGUUGCAUUUGAUAACUUGAUUGAGAACAAAAUUCAAAAUAAGAAACUUCUUGAAAAGCAUUCGAAAGUUGAAGUAGAACAAAAGGAGGAUGCCACUAAUGACGGCAUCCCUGCUGAGUCGAAUUCGGUACCUACUAAGAACUGA